AGAUCAGAUCUGAUAAACUGAACACGUCCUAGCUCCAGCUCAGUGGAACCCAAGUGGCCCAUCCAAGACUCAUCAGCCAUGUAAUCUCGUCUAAGCAUCGACAAAUCCUGGCUGUAUGACUCUCGGCUGCGGGUCGAUGCAUUGGAAGCGGACUUGCGGAAUUGCCAUCACCAGUCUGAUCGUCAAUUCGACCGUUGGCACGGACGCCGAUUGUCGGCUUCAAAUCCAAAUCCAAAAAUUUCAUGUGUCACGUACACGUCAACCCUUUUGCGACAUUUUUCUUGUGGAUUGUAUUAAGCUUCUGACAGUGCAACUAAAGCAGCGUGGGUAUGUAGAAGAAAAGCAUCUAGAGCCAGAUAGACCAGGUGUCUAUCGACCUUUGACCAUCCAUCGGGUACACGUAAACGCUGGGCGUGCUUCCCAGCCACCGCGAAUUUCGACAACCUGACCAUAUGUCUUCAUCGCCAAUUCUGACCCUCGGCUAUUCCUCUUGUGAAAGAAUCCCUCGAGCAGCCGGUAGUCUAACGACGCGAUUGACGAGUAGGUCUGUCUCUGGGAUCGCGAGCCGCCU